AUGUCAUACUACGAUAUCGAUGCCAUCCUCACGGAUGCAGAGAAAGUCCCCUGCCAAUUCGAAAUAGACGUCCCCUACCUCGGCCAUCUCGACAACUCCCCUCACGGCCUGAAAGCCAACACACCGCUCACCCUCCCCCUCUGGCUCGCCGAAAUGCUUGCCCUCGCCUCAACGCCAACAUCCAGCGCGCCGCUGACUCUCAACCUGCCGCCGUGCCUCUCCACCGCUGUCCUGUCAGCUCUGAAAGCCGACCCGCGCGCCGUACCCCUCCGCGACCAGAGUCCGCACUUCUAUGGCGUGGGCGUGCGCAUGCUGGAUCUGUUCGAUGAGAAGGAUGUCGCAGAGGUGUUGAGGAAGACGUUUGUUGUCAGGGCGGGCGAGGUCGGGCUACAUGCAAGGAAGGCUGAUGAGGGCACGGGAGGUAAUGCAGAAUUCUUGAGAGGGCUUGAGGAGUGGGAGAGAGGGUUAUUUAGAAGAGGACACGAGGGUGUCAAAGGAGCUAAGGAGUGGACGGACAAGGUCAAGAAGACAUGA